AUGUUGCAGGGUGCUUCCACGGACAAGUUCAAGGAGGUGGUGGAGCCAGUGGUCAAAGCUUGCAAAUCCGAAGUCGCGGGAGCCACUGACGUGCGUAAGUGCGUGUGUGGUUGUGCGCAGUGCCUGCAGUACUGCGUGUACGAGAAGCUGGGCGGCAUGAAGGACGGCACGGUGGUGAGCAAGGAGGAGGCGCUGGCCAUAUUGAAAACUUUUGUAAAAGCAUUUCUUUCCAAUAUUGCAUAUAUUGUACUCCUUCAUCGUGUUAUUCUUGUUGGUUACCGCUGCAAAAAUUGUCACUUGUACCACUUUCAAAUGGUUUCUAGACACUACCUCGCUCUCCAUGCAACCAUAGCAGAGCUCUUGUGGCGUUUCAAACGACAGUACCCCAGUGUUGUGGUCACCGUCGGAUAUCGACGCAAACUGGUGUUGCGCACAAAAACCGAGCAGAAAUUGCGUGCGCAGGAAGGAACUCGGGCAGAAUCAGAUGGUAUUAUUUAUAAUAGACCUCACCCCGCUCUGGGGAUGGUAUUCACAGGAGGUUUUUUCUCGGCUCUGCUGCUUUACCUUUGUUAUGCCAGUGUUUCCUUCGUCUGCCUCUUUUCCUUCUUUGGUCCGGUCUCCAGUGAAUUAUCUUCUUUGGCCGUCUUCCUGACAUCACGCGCGUUACAUGACCAAAGUGCCAAAUUGUGCGAUCCUAUGUCGUGGAGAGGCAUGUUCACUACUCCUGCAUGGGAUUUUACACCAUCUCUUUUUACGCCUUAA